CUUACUCCGAUUGAAGUAUUUAUUCGCGUGUUUGUUUAUGGGCAAAUCAUCCACAUCGGGAUUUAUCUGUUUCGGUCCAGUCGAAUUGCUUGCCGGUGAACGCAAGCAGCAACCAACCAGUCAGAAAACUUCAGGUGGUGUGACCGGUUUGGCCAUUCUCUCUGACAUACUUCAAAGCUCUCAUGGCACCCUCCUCUUCUUCUUCUUCCUCUUCAUCCACUUCUUCCUCCUCCAUCAUCCCCACCUCUACUUCCUCCUUUCAACCCCCGUCAGCUUCCUCCAUCCUUUCCACUGCUACCUCUCGUCUCGCCUCCCUAUCUUCACACAUCAUGGGCUCCUCAAGCCCUACCGUCUUCUCUACGGCCAACGUGCCCGCCGCCCCGGAGGAUCCCCUCUUCGGUCUCGCUCAGGCCUUCCGCCAAGAUCCCUCCGACAAGAAGGUCGAUCUCGUUAUCGGCGCCUAUCGCGAUAACAACGCCAAACCGUGGAUCCUGCCCGUUGUGAAGAAGGCCGACGAGCUUGUUCGCAACGACCCCAACCUCAACCAUGAAUACCUCCCCAUCAAGGGGUUGGCCGAUUACACCAGCGCGGCGCAGAAGCUCAUGAUCGGCGCCGACAGCCCCGCCAUUCGCGAGAACCGAGUCUGCACAUUCCAAACCAUCUCCGGCACAGGCGCCGUCCACCUGGGCGCGCUCUUCCUCGCCAAGUUCCACCCCGCGAAGCCCGCCAUCUACCUCUCCAACCCCACCUGGGCCAACCACCACCAGAUCUUCACGAAUGUCGGCCUCUCCCUCGCCAACUAUCCCUACUUCUCCGCCAAGACCAAGGGCCUGGACUUCGACGGCAUGCUGGGCGCGCUGCGGUCCGCCCCCGCCGGCUCCGUCAUCCUCCUGCACGCCUGCGCGCACAACCCCACGGGCGUCGACCUCACCCAGGACCAGUGGAAGGAGGUCGCCGUCGUGAUGCGCGACCGCCACCACUUCCCCUUCUUCGACUGCGCCUACCAGGGCUUCGCCUCGGGCGACCUCCGCCGGGACGCCUGGGCGGUGAGCUACUUCAUCGAGCAAGGGUUCGAGCUGUGCAUCGCGCAGUCCUUCGCCAAGAAUUUUGGCCUGUACGGCCAGCGCACGGGGGCCUUCCACUUCGUGUCCGCGCCCGGCGCCGAGGCCGCGGCCAACAACAGUAACAUCGCCUCCCAGCUGGCCAUCCUCCAGCGGUCGGAGAUCUCCAACCCUCCGGCGUACGGCGCGCGCAUCGCGAGCCGGGUGCUGAACGACGAGACGCUGUUCGCCGAGUGGGAGGAGGACCUGCGGACGAUGAGCGGACGCAUCGCGGAGAUGCGCAAGGGACUGCGGGAGAGGCUCGAGGCCAAGGGCACGCCAGGCUCGUGGCAGCACAUCACAGAUCAGAUCGGCAUGUUCAGCUUCACGGGGUUGACGGAGAGCCAAGUGAAGAUCCUGCGCGACAAGUGGCAUGUUUACAUGACGAAGAACGGCCGCAUCUCGAUGGCGGGACUGAACACGAAUAAUCUGGAUUACUUUGCCGAGGCGGUGGAUAGCGUGGUGCGGGAGACGUCAUAAGCGGGUUGUCUUUUUUCGUUGAAUCAUAAACCAAGCAUACAGAACAUACAGACAUAAACCAUUGAGGGGUUAUCAUAAUGCCAAUGCGCAAAGAAGCCAAAAACGAGAAUGGG